UAUAAAAUUCUCUUUAUUUUUCGACCUUUGUUACCCUCCAAAACCUACACAGUCCGCUAGAUUCCACAAGCUCUUCCAAGUCCCAAGCUUCCACCGCUUACAUCUUUGGAAGAGCUACAGCUACCAUCUCGUGCAAUAACCAACCAUGUGGGUCACCACAGAAAUCAACCCCAGGAUGGCCCUCAUCAAACAGGGCUACCAGAUCUUGGCCGAGUACAAUCUGGUUAAGGAGGAGCUGAAGAACAUCUAUGCCAUUCCAAGUUACUCCAGUGGCCUCCACUGGUUUGGAGUGAUCUUCGUGCACAGUGGAAUCUAUGCGGGCAGCGUGUUCCGUUUCUCCAUUCUGCUGCCAGAUAGUUUUCCAGACGAUGUCUCCCUGCCCACGGUGGUCUUCACUACGGUGAUCCUUCAUCCACAUAUUUGUCCGCAGAACAGAACCCUCGAUCUAACGCCCUUCAUCAAGGAGUGGCGGAAGGGUCAACAUCACAUCUGGCAUUUGCUGCGGUACAUCCAGGCCAUCUUUGCUGAUCCUGAAGGCAGUAUCUGUACGGGUCAGUCGCUUUCGGGGGAUCUCGUGGUCAUGGAUGAGGUAUAUAACAUGGAGGCCCUUAACAUGUUGGCCAAGAGUAGGCCGGAGUUUAUCAAAAGGAUUCAGGAAUUGGCCAUCUCAUCGCGUCUGCAAAUGUACGACCGACCUCUGACGGAUGAUCCUCAUUACAUCAUCGUGGAGCCCUAUUGUGCGGAGAGGCAUCUGAAGUUCAUGGAUCAGCUGAAGAGUCCCUGUUGGAAAGAGGCCACCUCGAUGGACAGCUCCCAGCCUUCGAAGUUUUUGGGACACAUAGAUUCCUCAAGUAAAAUAGAAGAGCUGCCCAAGAUGGACCUUAGGCAGACACCGGGCACAUAGAUUCCUCAAGUCAAAUAGAAGAACUGCCCAAGAUGCAUCUUAGGCAGAUACGGGGCACAUAGAUUCCUCAAGUCAAAUAGAAGAUCUGCCCAAGAUGCACCUUAGGCAGAUACCGGGCACAUAGAUUCCUCAAGUCAAAUAGAAGAACUGCCCAAGAUGCACCUUAGGCAGGUAUCGGAGCGGCAGCGGAAAGAGGUUGUGGUUUCUCAGUAGCGGAAUGGGGAAACUAUUUUAUAUAACAUUUAUUAACAUAAAAGUUUUAAGUUAAUAAAAUUAUGUUUUAAUUUCUUUUUU